CGUUGGUUAUUUGGGCUCCAGGUCCCGGUGCCGCAGUCGGUUCGUGCCCUGGUUCUGGUUCCAUCCAAGGAGCUGGGCCUGCAGGUCGUUCACACCCUGCGGCUCCUGGCCUCGUUCUGCGCGCAGGUUCGAGUGGCGAGUCUAAGCACCACAGCGACGCCUCGCAGCAGACAGAAGCCGGUGCUGAUGGAGAAGCCGGGUGUGGUGGGGACGCGGGCCGGGUGCUGGCACACGUUCAAUGCACACAGUUUGGUGCUCAGGGACUCGCUGGAGCUGCUGGUGCUGGAUGAGGCCGAUCUGCUGCUGGACUUUGGGUUCGGGGACGACCUCAAGCGCUGCUUGUGGUGCCUGAAGGAGCUGGUGCUGCACAACCCAGUGACGGUGCAGCCGCAGGAGCCGCGCUUGCCGUGCAGCUCCCAGCUGCGGCAGCUGGGGUGUUCGCUGGUGAGCUGCGAGGACAAGUUCCUGCUGCUUUACAGCCGUGCUAAGCUGGGCCGCUGCUGCGGGCGCCGGGCGCUGCUGUUCGUCAGCUCCAUCAGCCGCUGUUACCGGCUCAAACUCUUCAUGAAGUUUGGGAUCCCGCAUUGUGCGCCUCACUCCGAGCUGCCCGCCAGGUCCAGGUGUCACGUCAUCACCCAGUUCAAUCGGGGACUGUACGAUUAUAUUGUGGCCACGGAUGAGGAGCUGACGGGGAGCACAGGGAGCAACGUGGAGCCACGGCAGCGCAAGAAGAGGAAGGGGAAUGAGAGUAAAGGUGGUGACCCCGAGUACAGCGUGUCGCGGGGCAUCGACUUCCAGAACGUGGCCACUGUUAUCAACUUCGACGUGCCAACAACGGUGGAGUCGUACAUCCAUCGAGUGGGGAGGACAGCACGAGCCGACAACCCCGGCACAGCUCUGACCUUUGUGCUGCCCGAGGAGCGCGAGCAGCUGGCACAGAUUGAGGAUGUGCUGGCAGGAGAGAACGGGGAGUCCAUGCUGCAGCCCUACAAGUUCUGCAUGGAGGAGGUCGAGGCGCUGCGCUAUCGCUGCAGGGACGCCAUGCGCUCCGUCACCAAGCAGGCGGUGAAGGAAGCGCGGCUCCGGGAGAUCAAAGAGGAGCUGCUCAACUCCGAGAAGCUGAAGACUUACUUUGAGGACAACCCCCGCGACCUGCACGUGCUGCGCCACGACAAACCGCUGCACCCCGCCAUCGUCAAACCCCAUCUGCGCAAUGUGCCUGAAUACCUGGUGCCCCCCACCCUGCGUGGAGUUGCCAAACCGGAGCUGAAGAAGCGCCGACGGCUGCGGCUGCCCCACGGAGCUGCCAGGAACAAGGCUGGACCCAGGCCCCGUCGUGCCUCCAACCCCCUGCGGAGCUUCACAUUCAGGCGGCAGCGCAGCAAGAAGCGCCAGGCAGCGCCAACAUCCUGACCCCCCCCUGGGACCCCCAGGGACCCCCUGAGCCCCACAUCCAUGGGGCAGCCCAAUAAAGGCGCCGUGGGGCAGCA